AUCCGCAGUUUGCGUGUGCGCGACUCCGCCUUCGGCUCCUCCCCUGCGACUGAAAUCCCGCCUUCGUCCCCGCCCUCGCCACGCUUUACGGCCCGGCACGCCACUUUUGCCGCAGACGCUGCCGCUGCUGUCGCUACCCUUAGUCUCGCGGCAGCUGCUGGUAAGCUCCGGUCCCGUCCACGCUGCCGCAGGGAGGCCGCCCGGGCCCGGCGAGCCGAACCAAUGCUGGAUCUGGAGGUGGUCCCCGAACGCUCUCUAGGGAACGAGCAAUGGGAGUUCACGCUGGGAAUGCCUCUGGCUCAAGCGGUAGCCAUUCUUCAGAAGCACUGUCGAAUCAUCAAAAAUGUCCAGGUUCUCUACAGUGAACAGUCUCCUCUAAGCCAUGACCUCAUCCUUAAUCUGACUCAGGACGGGAUCAAACUACUGUUUGAUGCUUUCAAUCAGAGACUUAAGGUGAUUGAAGUAUAUGACUUGACUAAAGUAAAGUUAAAAUAUUGUGGAGUACAUUUUAACUCUCAGGCCAUAGCUCCCACCAUUGAGCAGAUUGACCAGUCUUUUGGUGCAACCCACCCUGGAGUGUACAACUCCGCUGAGCAGCUCUUCCACCUCAACUUCAGAGGACUGUCUUUCUCUUUUCAGUUAGACUCAUGGACUGAGGCUCCCAAGUACGAGCCCAAUUUUGCCCAUGGUCUAGCUUCUCUCCAGAUACCCCACGGAGCAACUGUGAAACGAAUGUACAUCUACAGUGGAAACAGCCUACAGGAUACUAAGGCUCCUGUGAUGCCCCUGAGCUGUUUCCUGGGCAAUGUGUAUGCUGAGAGUGUAGAUGUUCUUCGAGAUGGAACAGGACCCUCAGGUUUACGACUUCGCCUACUUGCUGCAGGUUGUGGACCCGGCCUGUUAGCAGAUGCCAAGAUGCGGGUAUUUGAACGUUCAGUGUAUUUUGGCGAUUCUUGUCAAGAUGUUCUUAGCAUGCUUGGUUCUCCACACAAGAUCUUCUAUAAGUCAGAAGACAAGAUGAAAAUUCAUUCUCCUUCCCCUCAUAAGCAAGUUCCUUCCAAGUGCAAUGACUACUUUUUUAACUACUUCACUCUCGGCGUGGACAUCCUCUUUGAUGCGAAUACUCAUAAAGUAAAGAAGUUUGUUCUUCACACCAAUUACCCUGGGCAUUAUAAUUUUAACAUUUAUCAUCGUUGUGAGUUCAAGAUCCCACUAGCCAUAAAGAAAGAAAAUGCAGAUGGUCAGACAGAAACAUGCACAACCUAUAGCAAGUGGGACAGCAUCCAGGAGCUCCUGGGUCACCCUGUGGAGAAGCCUGUUGUCCUACACAGGUCCUCCUCCCCAAACAACACCAACCCUUUUGGCUCCACAUUCUGCUUUGGUCUUCAGCGGAUGAUCUUUGAGCCUGCUGGUGCCAACAGGGGACACAGACUGCAAAGAGAAGCACAAACUCUGAGCCUUGAUACCUGGAGCCAGGAGCUUUCGAGUAACACGUAAGGAGGCAGGGAUCUCUCCCUCCUGUCCCACACACAUUGGAAAACUUGGGACUCUCUGUGGCUGAAAACGCAGGCACCCAGGAUGAGGACAGGGUCCUGCCUUUGGCCCAACAUUGCCACAUGAUCCUUAAGGCAAGCAGGUAGCAUGUUCAUAGUACUUGGUUGCAACUUUUGCACUACAUCCACUUUAGUUACUUGAUGAGCUGACUGUGGCCAGGGUGGCCCACCUGCCCUUCCUCGUUCCUUUCUUGCACACGCGCUCCCUACCAGGCCCAGCAGGCACACCCAGCUGGUUGAAACAUAGCUUUCUACCAUCCAGGUACAUGCCCAGACCUGGUUCCCAUGCUUCUUGAAGCCAGUUUUCAAGGUUACCUGUGCCCCGCUCUGCCCCAGUCUGGCUGGCAGGGCUGCAUGUUUCCAUCCUGUUUGCCUCUUUUAUUUAAUGCCAAAGUUUUAGCCAAAGACAUCUUUUUUGUUGUUGUGUUUCAGCAUUCUGUUCUGCACUGUGGGCUGGCUCCCCUGUCCCAACCACGGGCAGCGUCCCUUGGCUGGGUCUGUUCAUGGCUCAAGGCCUCUGGGGACUCAAGGAGGGCUGGGCUACUCAGUCUCUUCAUGGGUCUUGCUAAGGAAAGUAGCAUAUGUGCUUUAAAAAUAUUAACCUUUUGAAAAGAAUUGAGAAAAGAAAUGUAUAAUUUUAUCCCAUUUUUAA